AUGGGCAGUGGACGACGAUGCGCCGAGUGGCUGGGCUUCACCAGGCGCAAGUCUAACCUUACCACCAACUGCUGCCACAUCCAAUGUCGGAUGGUCCGGGUGGGGCGGGGAGCACGGCUUGAACUCGAGCCAGACAUCGCUGUCAACGAGGGCAAGAGAGGGAAGCCUGGGUCAGCCCAGCCCAACCACUACUUGGCCGGCUUCUGCAUCUUUGACACCUGGUCAGGGCAAGACGCUGUACAUAUCUCGGCCGAGCAGGCCGCCUUCUCGACGCUGGAUAGUCACGAGGAAGCAGAGGAAGAGAAGGAUGACAAUAAUUACAACAAAGAAGACGGGGCUGCCGAAGUUGAUGAUUCCGCCAGAGACCUCGUUACUACACCCACAUUGGCCCAGGACCCGACUGUCGAGGCCGUAACAGAGAGCAGCGAGGACAAUGAACCAGAUCCUCAGACACACGAGGAGGGUAGGGAGCGUCUGGACUCGCCCAGCCUCUCGAGACGGUCCUCAGUCUCGCACGACAGCCGCCAUGAGGAGAGGCUAGACUCACCUCUUACCUCCAUGGACGAGGAUUGCAAAGAUCGUGCUGCCAUACCUCGGAGAUCUUCUGCCAAGGUGCAGGAGCUGGUGGACAAGUACGAUGGCCUGGCCAAAAUCACGGGCGAUUCGCUGUUGGUCCCUGCCUCUAACGAGGGCAGGCGACGCAGCGCAAGUCGAUCCAUGAGCAUCAGGAGCUUCCAGACCGAUGUCACAAGUGAUUUUGGUGACUUUGAGGACGCUGAGGACUCUGAUUCCGGCAAGCCAUCACGCAAGCCUUCAGUGACAGGAUCACCUCGUCCAGGCAAUUCGCGGGCGGGCCGCGUUCGCUCUCUUUCGAAAGCAUCGUUGCGAAAAGCCUCUGUGGCAUCUGGAAUCGCUGCGGUCACGAGCCCGAUACAGGAAGAAGAGCACUUGGGUCAUAUCGAAAAUAUGCGUGCCAAAUUUGGUCCCAUCAGCUUCACCCCGGAUCUGGAGCUUGUCAACAAGCUGUUUGAUGGACCCAAACUGGACAAGGAGCAGCCAAGUGCAAAGGACUACAGCCUGGAUGCUGUCGAGGGCAUCAUCAAAGAUAGCUUCACCACGGUCUCGGAGCGCAAGACAUGGUAUCGGAUCUCUCGGCCGGGCACAAUGCGCAAGCAUGACCUGGGCGAUGACGACACUUAUCGUCGGGUUUCCUGGGUCGGCUCCAAGGUCCGGGAGGAUGCUAGCAAGAUUGUUCGUCGUUGGAUGGAAGAGGGCCCGUAUGCAGGUCGCUCGGCAGCAGGCGGACGGUCUAUGGCCAAAGGCGGCGCUUUUGACUGGGACGCAAAAGCCAAAGCAGAACCGUUGUCGUUUGAUGAGAUCUUUGGUGCAGGCGGCGGGGCCAGCUCACUCCAGAGACGUCUCGGUGGGCGUCAGGAGCCUACCGCCGCGUUCACCGAUGAGUAUCCCUUUGCCACCUGCUGGGCCAACCUUUGGGUGGAGUACAGGUACCAAUGGCUCACUGACACCUGCCUCGCCACGGCCACCCAGCGAGUAUACCAGGCCGUCUUUUGA